UAUGUGGGUGUUCGGAUGCCACUUGGUAGACAGAGUCACAGACACCAUCGGACCCAUGGACAGAAACACAGAAAGCGGGAUAGGAUGAAGGGAGUGAUACAGGAAGAAGGUCAUGACGAAUCAUUAGCUCAUGAUACACCUUCCCAACGAGUGCAAUUUAUCCUCGGCACAGAGGAUGAUGAGGAACACGUACCGCAUGAACUGUUUACAGAGCUGGAUGAGAUAUGCGUUAAGGAUGGUGAAGAUGCCGUUUGGAAGGAGACCGCUAGAUGGUUAAAGUUUGAGGAAGAUGUUGAAGAUGGGGGUGAACGCUGGAGUAAACCAUAUGUAGCUACACUUUCUCUACACAGUCUCUUUGAACUACGAAGUUGCAUCAUUAAUGGGACAGUCCAGUUAGACAUGCGCGCUAACACCAUAGAAGAAAUAGCAGACAUGAUAUUGGACCAUCAAGAUUCAGCUGGUGAAUUAGGAGAAAAUAUCCGAGUCAAAGUGAAGGAAGCUCUUUUGAAGAAACACCACCACCAAAUUGAGAAGAAACGCAACACGCUCAUCCCAAUGGUGCGUUCUUUUGCCGAGGUUGGAAAGAAGCAGUCAGAGCCCCAUUUACUAGACAAAAAUACACUCUCUGUUUCUCCACAACCUACUCCCUCUACACUGGAUGUUAAGAAUGGAGGAAAUCAUGACAAUAGUAGUGCUGUGGAUUUAAGCAAGGUGGAUCUUCACUUCAUGAAAAAAAUUCCUACCGGAGCGGAAGCUUCCAAUGUUCUAGUGGGAGAGCUAGAUUUUCUGGAACGUCCUAUUGUCGCAUUUGUGCGUCUUUCUCCCGCAGUUCUCCUCACUGGGAUCACAGAAGUACCAAUCCCAACAAGAUUUUUGUUUAUUUUGCUGGGACCAGUUGGAAAAGCGCAGCAAUAUCAUGAAAUUGGCCGCUCAAUGGCAACUAUAAUGACUGAUGAGAUUUUUCAUGAUGUAGCUUAUAAAGCAAAAGACAGAGCUGACUUGUUAGCUGGCAUCGAUGAAUUUCUUGAUCAAGUUACCGUACUUCCCCCAGGAGAAUGGGACCCAUCCAUUAGAAUUGAACCACCAAAGAACGUACCUUCCCAGGAGAAGAGGAAAAUGCCAGGUGUACCCAAUGGAAAUGUUUGUCAUGUGGACCCAGAACCAGAACCAGAGAUAAGUGGACCUGAGCUGGAACGUACAGGAAGACUAUUUGGAGGUUUGGUUGUAGACAUCAAGAGGAAAGCUCCCUGGUACUGGAGUGACUACAGAGAUGCAUUCAGCUUACAGUGUGUGGCUUCAUUUCUCUUCCUGUACUGUGCCUGCAUGUCUCCUGUCAUCACAUUUGGGGGUUUGCUGGGAGAAGCAACAGAAGGCCGCAUAAGUGCCAUAGAAUCCCUGUUUGGUGCUUCUAUGACUGGAAUAGCUUAUUCCUUAUUCGGAGGUCAACCUUUGACGAUACUGGGAAGCACAGGUCCAGUGCUGGUAUUUGAGAAGAUUUUGUUCAAGUUUUGCAAGGACCAUGACCUGUCAUAUCUCUCGUUAAGAGCAUGUAUAGGCCUAUGGACAUCUUUCCUCUGCCUCGUUCUAGUAGCCACAGAUGCUAGCUCUCUGGUGUGCUACAUCACUCGUUUUACAGAAGAAGCAUUUGCCUCACUGAUCUGCAUCAUUUUUAUCUAUGAAGCAAUAGAGAAACUGAUACACUUGGGAGAGACAUACCCUGUGAACAUGCAUAGUCAACUGGACCAGCUUACUCUUUAUUACUGUAAAUGUGCUGCUCCAGAAACUCCAUCCAACAAAACCUUGUUAUACUGGAGGGAAAACAACAUCAGCAUUGCUGAAAUGGACUGGUCCAACUUCACUGUUAGUCAAUGUCAUAUAAUGCAUGGCAAGUUUGUUGGCCCUGCUUGUGGUCACCAUGGACCCUACACUCCAGAUGUGCUCUUCUGGUGCGCCAUUUUGUUUUUCACUACAUUUGCAAUGUCCAGUACUCUGAAGACAUUUAAAACAAGCCGCUAUUUUCCUACAAAGGUACGCUCCAUGAUCAGUGACUUUGCAGUUUUUAUCACUAUCCUCACAAUGGUAAUCCUGGACUAUUUAAUUGGGGUGCCAUCUCCAAAGCUUCAGGUUCCAAAGGAAUUCAAGCCAACAAGAGAUGAUCGAGGCUGGUUUGUAAAUCCAAUAGGACCAAAUCCCUGGUGGACGGUUUUCCCUACAAUAAUACCUGCUUUGUUAUGCACUAUCCUUAUAUUCAUGGACCAGCAAAUUACUGCCGUAAUCAUCAACAGAAAGGAACAUAAGCUGAAGAAAGGAUGUGGCUAUCAUUUGGACCUGCUGAUGGUGGGGCUAAUGCUAGGAGUUUGCUCACUAAUGGGACUUCCUUGGUUUGUUGCUGCCACAGUUCUGUCUAUCACUCAUGUAAAUAGCCUCAAGCUAGAAUCAGAAUGUUCAGCUCCUGGAGAGCAACCUAAGUUUCUUGGUAUCCGGGAGCAAAGAGUGACAGGGUUGAUGAUCUUUGUGCUUAUGGGAUGCUCUGUAUUUAUGACUGGAGUGCUAAAGUUUAUUCCAAUGCCAGUUCUGUAUGGAGUAUUCCUAUAUAUGGGAGUUUCAUCACUCAGAGGAAUCCAGUUCUUUGAUCGCCUGUUGCUAUUUGCAAUGCCAGCAAAACACCAGCCGGAUUUUAGCUACCUAAGACACGUACCUUUGCGUAAAGUGCAUCUCUUUACCAUCAUCCAGCUGACCUGCCUUGUUUUACUCUGGGUUAUCAAGGUCUCUCCUGCUGCUAUUGUUUUCCCAAUGAUGGUUCUUGCCUUGGUCUUUGUCCGAAAAGUGAUGGAUUUCGGCUUCUCUAACCGGGAGCUGAGUUGGUUAGAUGAUUUAAUGCCGGAAAGUAGAAAAAAGAAACUUGAUGAUGCCAAAAACAAAGCUAAGGAAUUAGAGGUAAUAUUGGAGGCUAUAGAUUCUUAA